AUGCUGCUGUCUUUGCUGCCCCCUAGGGAGGCCUGCAGAGGGAGACCUGCAGAGGGAGACCUGCAGAGGGAGACCUGCAGAGGGAGGUCUGCAGAGGGAGGUCUGCAGAGGGAGACCUGCAGAGGGAGACCUGCAGAGGGAGGUCUGCAGAGGGAGACCUGCAGAGGGAGACCUGCAGAGGGAGACCUGCAGAGGGAGGUCUGCAGAGGAAGACCUGCAGAGGGAGACCUGCAGAGGGAGGUCUGCAGAGGGAGGCCUGCAGAGGGAGACCUGCAGAGGGAGGUCUGCAGAGGGAGGUCUGCAGAGGGAGGUCUGCAGAGGGAGACCUGCAGAGGGAGACCUGCAGAGGGAGGUCUGCAGAGGAAGACCUGCAGAGGGAGACCUGCAGAGGGAGGUCUGCAGAGGGAGACCUGCAGAGGGAGGUCUGCACAGGGAGACCUGCAGAGGGAGGUCGGCAGAGGGAGACCUGCAGAGGGUGGUCUGCACAGGGAGACCUGCAAAGGGAGACCUGCAGAGGGAGGUCUGCAGAGGGAGGUCUGCAGAGGGAGGCCUGCAGAGGGAGACCUGCAGAGGGAGGCCUGCAGAGGGAGACCUGCAGAGGGAGGCCUGCAGAGGGAGACCUGCAGAGGGAGGUCUGCAGAGGGAGGUCUGCAGAGGGAGGCCUGCAGAGGGAGAUCUGCAGAGGGAGACCUGCAGAGGGAGACCUGCAGAGGGAGACCUGCAGAGGGAGGCCUGCAGAGGGAGACCUGCAGAGGGAGCCUGCAGAGGGAGGUCUGCAGAGGGAGGCCUGCAGAGGGAGACCUGCAGAGGGAGGUCUGCAGAGGGAGGUCUGCAGAAGGAGGCCUGCAGAGGGAGAUCUGCAGAGGGAGACCUGCAGAGGGAGACCUGCAGAGGGAGACCUGCAGAGGGAGGCCUGCAGAGGGAGACCUGCAGAGGGAGGUCUGCAGAGGGAGGUCUGCAGAGGGAGGCCUGCAGAGGGAGAUCUGCAGAGGGAGACCUGCAGAGGGAGACCUGCAGAGGGAGACCUGCAGAGGGAGGUCGGCAGAGGGAGACCUGCAGAGGGAGGUCUGCACAGGGAGACCUGCAAAGGGAGACCUGCAGAGGGAGGUCUGCAGAGGGAGACCUGCAGAGGGAGGUCUGCAGAGGGAGACCUGCAGAGGGGAGACCUGCAGAGGGAGGUCUGCAGAGGGAGACCUGCAGAGGGAGGCCUGCAGAGGGAGGCCUGCAGAGGGAGGUCUGCAGAGGGAGACCUGCAGAGGGAGGCCUGCAGAGGGAGACCUGCAGAGGGAGGCCUGCAGAGGGAGGUCUGCAGAGGGAGACCUGCAGAGGGAGGCCUGCAGAGGGAGGCCUGCAGAGGGAGGUCUGCAGAGGGAGACCUGCAGAGGGAGGCCUGCAGAGGGAGACCUGCAGAGGGAGCCUGCAGAGGGAGGCCUGCAGAGGGAGACCUGCAGAGGGAGGCCUGCAGAGGGAGGUCUGCAGAGGGAGACCUGCAGAGGGAGGUCUGCAGAGGGAGACCUGCAGAGGGAGGUCUGCAGAGGGAGCCCUGCAGAGGGAGACCUGCAGAGGGAGACCUGCAGAGGGAGGUCUGCAGAGGGAGGUCUGCAGAGGGAGGUCUGCAGAGGAAGACCUGCAGAGGGAGGUCUGCAGAGGGAGACCUGCAGAGGGAGACCUGCAGAUGUUGUGUAG